GAACACCGGAGGCUGUUCGUGGAUCGUCAUCAGUCCUGCAACGAGAUGUCACACGCAUUGUGUUGUUCACACUAGCAUCUUUCACCUCUUCUGUCUUGUCGAGGAAACAGCACAUUACAGAAGGAGACGCACUUUUCUAUGCGGUUGAAGAUUGCAUCUUUAAAAGGGACCUAAACAACAGUGGAUACGUGGAAAUGGUAAAGUGCAUUCAAAUGUGUCUGGGCUCGCUUGUCUCGUGUUCUAUCCAAGACCGGUUGCAUUAGAUGCUUGCUUAUGACAGACUUUAAUGCACAUCAUCACUAAUGCUUCACCUUGUUGACAACGGCGACGUGCCUAUCCGCAACGAUGCCCUCUUUGUAGCCAACGAACAGUUGGUGUUUUCUCUAUGCUGGCUUCAUUCAUUCAUCUAAACAUUUGGUUGUGUGGAAGAUGACUGACAACUGAAGCACUACCUCAUGAGAAGAUUCCCUUUAAUCAUCUUGAUUUUGGACCGCUACAGGUUUCCUCGCUGACCAUUUGCAUACACAAAAGUGGUGAAUAUAUUUAAAACUUUUUGAUCUUUUCGAGAAGACUUUCAAGGGACUUGGAAAGGAGCGUCCUUUGGUUUUACAACUCUUUCCCCUCUCUCAUUUGAGAAAGAGAAAAUAGGAACUGACUCUCAGGUUGUGGUCACCACGGCAGUAACUGUGGGAGCAGAUCCAAAGACGAUGGUCCACUGUGCGGGCUGCGAAAGGCCUAUAUUGGACAGGUUUCUCCUGAAUGUUCUUGACAGAGCAUGGCACAUAAAGUGCGUACAAUGCUGCGAGUGCAAAUGUAACCUAACGGAGAAAUGCUUUUCUCGAGAAGGAAAACUAUAUUGCAAAAACGACUUCUUCAGGCGAUUUGGAACAAAAUGCGCUGGUUGUGCUCAGGGGAUCUCGCCGAAUGACUUGGUCCGGAGGGCACGGAGCAAAGUGUUUCAUCUGAACUGCUUCACAUGCAUGAUGUGUAACAAGCAGCUAUCCACAGGGGAGGAAUUGUACAUCAUAGACGAAAAUAAAUUUGUCUGUAAAGACGAUUAUUUAAGCAACACCAACGGAAAAGACACAAAUCUUCUUUCAGUCACAGCCUGCAGCGAUCCUAGUUUAUCGCCAGAUUCUCAAGACCAGCAGGACGAUGCCAAGGAUGCGGAAAUCGCUAACCUAUCGGACAAAGAAACGGGUAAUAAUGAAAACGAUGACCAGAAUCUCGGAGGGAAACGAAGAGGACCGCGUACCACUAUUAAAGCAAAGCAACUGGAGACACUAAAAGCUGCAUUCGCAGCGACCCCCAAACCAACGAGACAUAUCAGGGAGCAAUUGGCGCAGGAGACGGGGCUCAACAUGCGAGUUAUUCAGGUUUGGUUUCAGAACCGGCGGUCCAAAGAACGGCGCAUGAAACAGUUGAGCGCACUCGGCGCGAGGAGACACGCGUUCUUUCGGAGUCCGAGAAGAAUGCGAACGCUGGUGGACAGACUCGAACCUGGAGAAUUAAUUCCCAAUGGCCCGUUUUCAUAUUAUGGAGAUUAUCAAAGUGAAUACUACGGUCCAGGAGGAAAUUAUGACUUCUUUCCCCAAGGCCCACCAUCUUCACAGGCCCAGACUCCUGUAGACCUCCCCUUUGUCCCAUCAUCAGGACCCACUGGCACCCCGCUAGGGGGCAUGGACCAUCCUAUCCCUGGCCACCAUCCAUCCAGUGAAGUACAGCGCUUUUCAGAUAUUAUGUCUCACCACCCCGGGGACUCACCCAGUCCAGAGCCAGGGAUACCUGGACCACUGCACAGUAUGUCCUCAGAUGUUUUCGGACCCAGUCCCUCCUUCACAUCUCUCUCUCUCAAUGGCAGCGGAUACAGCAACCACCUCUCUCACCCUUCGUCAGAAAUGAACGAGGCCACAGUCUGGUAGCUUCUGUGAACUGAUAAACAGAGGAGUGAGGAUGGGAACAGGGACACCGGCCACACUUGGUUAUCAUUUUUGUCUUUUUCUUUUUCCAUGUCAUAAAUGUGGUGGGACAGUUCAGAAAGAGCAGCAUGGCCAUUGACAUUUACCUUCUUGAACUUAUUGUGUUGAUGUUCUGUUUCCUUCGGUUUUGUUUUAUCCCUCUGAAUUAAAGUCAGAACUCAAGAAUUGAUACUGAUAAUAUUGACCUAGUCGCUGUUUGAACUCUGCUAUGAGGCUUAGCACAGCAGUGUCCCUCCAGAGGCUCAGUACGUACCACUGGUUAAAUCAUCACUCUUAAAACAGUGAUUGCAACAUGUUAACGGCGUUAGCUACUGUCAAAGACUUGUCAGCUUUACAGAGAAACACCAGAGGCGGCUGAUCUAACGCUAACCUGCAACGUUGACUCCAGGAAAGAUCUAAGCCGUCAGACUAAUUUAUUUAUUUGAAAUCUCCUCAGACCUCCUUGCCUUUUCAAGGCUCUGCCAUACUGACACUUAAACAACCUUUUCAACACUAAAUAUGUUUCUGAAGGCCAGGGAGAAAAACGCUUUCUCUUGUUCUGGACAUCCUCUUUUAUUCCCAAGAAUUCCACCAAAUCCGAAGAAGUUAGCCUUCAAAAGGCAAAUGUUACAAUUCGUGUGAAUGGUGAACCCUUUAUUUAAUGGAAGAUAACUUGAAAUGUUGAUAAAUGAAGUCUACCUUCUAAAAGUAUUUUAACAAGGGUCUGAAAGGGGCAUAGAACAGUCAACUGUUUACGUAAUAUAUUUAAUUCAGGAGUUAAAAGUAUCAACCAUGAUUUAGAACCUCUUGAUCCAGAAAAAAAUGUUUCAAGCAACCAACCAAACUUUUGUAUUAAUUUUAUUUAUAUUGUAUGAUGAAAACAAGUUUGCUGGGGUUGUGGUUCACUGUGCUAGUUUGUACAAAAUGUUGUUUACAAAAAAAUGGAAAAAGGAAAAAAAAACAAGUAGACAGUUGCCAAAUAAAAACAUAGCACAAAUACUGUAAAAGUGCUUUGCACCAUUAUCUGCAGAACGUGUUGAAACAAAGUGUAAGUGUUUAAAAAACAAUAAGAAGUAUUUACUUCUUAAUUUUUUUAGUCUGCUGAGAAAACAUUCAUAAAUUGUUAAUAUAACAUACUUAGACCUACAAGUUUUAUUUUUGUGUCUUUAAAGGAAAAUUCAAACUAUUGAAAUUGAUGGUCAAAUGUGCAGCUAGCAGCUGCUACUUUCUUUAAAUAUCAAAUUCUCAUGGUAUGUCUUUUAUUGUUCUAAUAAACCUAAGCUUACGUGACCUCCAGUGCAUAUUAGACCAUUCACUGUAUAAAUACAACAUGUUGAACAAAUUUGUGAGUUUUUAAUAAAACUAGAAAAUAUGAAAAUUGGAUGAUAGGUGCUUUUCAUUGGACUAGCUGAGAUUUGACUACACGAGUGCGCAACAGGGGCAUUUUUAUAUUUUAAUAUGCUUUUCUUUAGCAUUUAAAGGUU